CUCACCACCAGUCAGUCCACCGCCACCCCACUCCGCCGCCAGGGAGUGCGCCGCGCAGCGAACUCGCCCGCCGCCGUCAAGCCUAACCCGGCGAGGGCCAUGGCCUCGCGCCUGCUGCCAUUGCUCGCGACACUCCUCCUGCUCGCGGCGGCGGACGCCACGCUCCACCCGGUGGACUACCUGGCGCUACAAGUGGUGCGGCGGUCCCUGACGGACCUCCCAGGCUCGCGCUUCUUCGCGUCCUGGGACUUCACGGGGGACCCCUGCGCCUUCGCGGGCGUCUCCUGCACCUCCACCGGCCGCGUCGCCACGCUCGCGCUCGGCGACCCGCGCGCGGGCGCGCCGGGGCUCUCGGGCACCUUCCCGUCCGCCGCCAUCGCCACGCUCCCCGCGCUCACGUCCCUCUCCCUCGUCCCGGGCCGCGUCACGGGGACUCUCUCCCCCGCCGUCACCUCCCUCCCGUCCCUCCGCUUCCUCGCACUCGCGGGGAACCUCCUCGCCGGCGACCUCCCGCCCGCCUUCGCGCCCGCGCUCCGCACCGUUGACCUCAGUAAGAACGGGUUCACGGGGCGGAUACCGACCUCGCUCCUCCAGCUCCGGGACCUCCGGACGCUCAUCCUCUCCCACAACGCGCUCGCCGGCGAGAUCCCGCGCGGGGUCAGGUCGCCGCUGCUCCACCUCGACCUCCGGAGCAACCGUCUGUCCGGCGGGGUCCCGCCGCUGCCAGGCACGCUGGUGUACCUCUCGCUGGCGGGGAACCGGCUGUCGGGACCCGUCGGGGCCGUGCUGCGGCGGCUGAACAGGCUGUCGUUCCUCGACCUCGGACGGAACUGGUUCUCCGGCGAGGUGCCCGGGGAGGUGUUCGCGUUCAGCCGGAUCGGGUACCUGCAGCUCCGCAAGAACGCCUUCUCGGGGGAGCUUCGUCCGGCCGGGCGCGUCCCGCCGGGCGCCACCGUGGACCUCAGCCACAACGCGCUGUCCGGCGCCGUCCCGCCCGAGCUCGCCACGGCAUCCGCGGUGUACCUCAACGGGAACAGGUUCGCGGGCGAGGUGCCGCGGGAGGUCGCCGCGGCGGCCGAGGCGGGGCGGAUGCGGGUGCUGUUCCUCCAGGACAACUUCCUCACGGGGAUCGCUGUGGGCGGCGUGCCGGCGAGUGCUGCCGUGUGCGCGCACUGGAACUGCGUCGCGCCGCCGCCGGCUGUCGUCGCCGCGUGCCCUGCCAAGGGCGGCAGGGGACGCCGCCGGCCGCAGACGCAGUGCCGCGGCCGGGCGGGGUGAGUUCUUCUUCACACGGAGAAGGGCUUUUGGUUGGGUUUAGUGGGUAACGAUGAUGGUAAGGAGGUCUCAUGGCUCAUGAGACCCACAAACCACAAUGAUUAGUAAUAAUUCUUGGUGUAUAUCUUUUUUUAGUUUGUGGUCAAUCCUGAGAUAUAGGGCUGUGAUUUUGUCAGUAGGACACGUGGACGGCGGAUGAUGUCGAUGUUUGUCGUUGCAAAUUACUACUACAUAGGAAAAGUUUGUGUAAAGGAAAAAGUUAGAAUUAAGGUGCUUUCAUGUUGUUUGGUCUCGACUUUGAAAUCAAAUGGAAAAAAAAAACCCCCCACAAUUUCUACUCUGUCA